CCAAAAAUUUAAAAAGGAAAAAAAAAAAAAAAAAUCACAUGUGUCCCUUACCCUUCCAUUAAAUUCUUGUAUUAGACUCAAAUCUAUAUAUAUACACACAUGACACAAUAAUGUACUAUACAGUAAUGCAAAAAAAAAAAAAAAAAAAAAAAAAAAGUUUCAUAUUCACUGCAUAUGGUUGCAUUCUUGAUUUUCUCUUUUGAUUCUAUGUAAUGGUGGUGAAAUCUCAUAGAUUUAAGCUUUGUAAAGAAAAGGAUCUGAUUUCGAGUUAGAGAAGUGAAUAAUUCUUCUGCUUUUGGUACUGCUGCCAUCUUUAAUUCCGUAACAAGAAUUGUUUGAAGAUGAUUUUGAACAAUUUGAAGCUAGGCGUUGAAGUGGUUGGUGCCCAUAACCUUUUACCGAAAGAUGGUCAAGGUUCAUCGAGUUCUUUCGUGGAACUUUACUUUGACGGUCAGAGGUUCCGCACUACCAUCAAGGAAAAAGAUUUAAGUCCUUUGUGGAAUGAGACUUUCUACUUCAACAUCUCCGACCCUUCCAACCUCCAUAUGCUCACUCUUGACGCCUAUGUGUACAACAAUGUUAGACCUACUCAGUCCAGUUCCUUUCUUGGGAAGAUUACUAUUAACGGGACUUCCUUUGUACCUUAUUCGGAUUCCGUUGUCUUGCAUUAUCCUCUUGAGAAGCGAAGUAUCUUUUCACGUGUGAGAGGAGAACUCGGCCUUAAAGUGUAUGUUAUUGACGAUCCUUCCAUAAAGUCAUCUAUGGAUACUCAGGUUCACAGCCAUUCAGUUCAAACUCCAGCUCCGAAAAUCCCGAGAUCUGAAGUGAGACAUACUUUCCAUCAUCUUCCCAAUCCAAAUCACCCACAGCAGCAACAACAACAAGCUCCUGCGUGUCCCGCUGUUCCCGUGCAUCAUGAAGGAGCAAGAUACAUUCCCGAGCAAAUGAAGGUUCCGGAAGUACCACAGCCGCCACCUCAGCUCGUCCGGAUGCAUUCUUCCACAAUGGCUCAACCCGUUGACUAUGCACUUAAGGAAACGAGUCCGUUCCUCGGAGGGGGUCGAGUUGUGGGUGGUCGUGUUAUUCGUACGGACAGGAUGUCUGGUUGUACUUAUGAUCUUGUUGAGAAGAUGCACUUCCUUUUUGUUAGAGUUGUUAAGGCUCGUGAGCUUCCCAUGAUGGAUAUUACAGGGAGCGUCGAUCCUUAUGUUGAGGUCCGCAUCGGGAAUUACAAAGGAAUUACGAAGCACAUUGAGAAAAAUCAAAAUCCUAUGUGGAAUGUAGUGUUCGCCUUUUCUCGGGAAAGGAUGCAAGCGUCCGUGCUUGAGGUCGUAGUUAAAGACAAGGAUCUUAUGAAAGAUGAUUUUGUAGGCCUGUGCAGAUUUGACCUCAAUGAAGUCCCGAUGCGGGUCCCACCCGAUAGUCCUCUAGCUCCGGAGUGGUACCGGCUUGCAGAUAAGAAAGGAGAGAAGAUAAAAGGGGAGCUUAUGCUUGCUGUUUGGAUCGGCACACAAGCGGAUGAAGCUUAUCCGGAUGCAUGGCAUUCCGAUGCAGCUUUAUCUGUUGACACGGUUGCAUCCACUCUUAUACGUUCAAAGGUCUAUCAUGCACCACGGUUAUGGUACCUCCGUGUUAAUGUUGUCGAGGCACAGGACUUGCUUCCGACUGAGAAAACUCGUUUCCCGGACGCUUACGUGAAGGUACAGAUAGGAAACCAAGUUUUGAAAACGAAGCCGGUUCAGGCUCGAACCUUCAAUCCUCUUUGGAAUGAAGAUCUCCUGUUUGUUGCUGCUGAACCGUUUGAUGAAAAUCUCGUCCUCUCAGUGGAGGAUCGCGUGGCUCCGGGUAAAGACGAGAUUAUUGGGAGGGUUAUCAUCCCUUUGAGCAUGGUGGAAAAGCGUGCUGAUGAUAAAAUGAUCCAUUCUCGUUGGUUUAACUUGGAAAAGCCCGUGGCCGUGGAUAUUGAUCAGCUUAAGAAGGAGAAAUUCUCGAGUAAACUUCAUCUACGAGUCUGUCUUGAUGGAGGCUAUCAUGUCCUCGACGAAUCCACUCAUUAUAGUAGUGAUCUUCGCCCCACAGCAAAACAGCUAUGGAGGCCCCCAAUCGGGGUUCUUGAACUCGGAGUCUUAAAUGCUGUGGGACUUCAUCCUAUGAAAACACGAGAUAACAAGGGGACAUCGGAUACAUAUUGUGUAGCAAAGUAUGGUCACAAAUGGGUUCGAACUCGAACCAUUGUUGAUAAUCUCUGCCCAAAGUACAAUGAGCAGUACACUUGGGAGGUUUUUGAUCCAGCUACGGUUCUCACUGUGGGUGUGUUCGACAACAGCCAACUCGGAGAAAAGGGUUCAUCAAACGGUACAUCCAAAGACCUAAAGGUCGGGAAGGUUAGAAUUCGUAUCUCGACACUUGAAACAGGCAGAGUUUACACACAUUCAUAUCCACUGCUUGUCCUUCAUCCUACUGGUGUUAAAAAGAUGGGUGAAUUGCAUUUGGUGAUACGUUUUACAUGCACAUCAUUUACUAACAUGCUUUACAAAUACUCACGUCCUCUUUUACCGAAAAUGCAUUACGUAAGGCCUUUUACUGUUGUGCAACUUGACAUGCUAAGGCACCAGGCAGUUAAUAUAGUUGCCAUGCGGUUGGGACGAGCAGAGCCCCCGUUGAGAAAGGAGGUGGUGGAAUAUAUGUCGGAUGUGGAUUCACAUUUAUGGAGUAUGAGGCGUAGCAAGGCGAAUUUUUUCCGUUUGAUGUCGAUUUUCACGGGAUUAUUUGCUGCGGGAAAAUGGUUUGGAGAUAUCUGCAUGUGGAAGAACCCGAUCACAACAGUCCUCGUGCACGUUCUCUUUCUUAUGCUUGUGUCGUUUCCGGAACUCAUUUUACCAACUGUUUUCCUAUACAUGUUUCUAAUAGGAGUGUGGAAUUACCGUUACCGGCCUAGGUAUCCUCCUCACAUGAACACAAAGUUAUCGCAAGCCGAGUCAGUGCACCCAGAUGAGCUUGAUGAAGAGUUCGACACGUUUCCAACUAGCCGUUCCCCUGAACUGGUGAGAAUGAGGUAUGAUCGGUUGAGGAGCGUGGCUGGACGGAUUCAAACAGUAGUUGGUGAUGUGGCAACUCAAGGAGAGCGACUCCAGUCAUUACUGAGCUGGCGUGACCCCCGUGCUACGGCCCUCUUUGUUACAUUUUGCCUUGUUGCUGCAUUGGUAUUGUAUGUGACGCCGUUCCAGGUGAUUGCUGCCCUGAUAGGUAUCUACAUGAUGAGACAUCCGAGAUUUCGACAUAGGCUGCCUUCUGUGCCAAUCAACUUCUUCCGUCGGCUGCCAGCUAGGACAGACAGUAUGUUGUAAUUGUUCCCUCUAUUGCUUUUUUAUGUAUUUUGCUCGAGCAUCAGAAUGGACUUAUUUGGGAUUGAGGCGUAGUUGUUGUUGUUGUUGUUGUACUCGAGCAUUGGAUGUGGGUACUAGAUUUAUAUUCCGGACCAUAUAAAUAAUUCUCAUGGCCUGCUACAUCUAUAUGUAUAAUAAGAUCCAUUCCUACAA